ACUUGCCCUGCCGCUAAGACUUUGGAUACGUGCCAGUAGCGAUGAAUGGGGAAAUCGAACUGGUAAGAAAUUCUACCGUUCAAAAAAGCUUUCUGAAGUCACCAUCAUGUAGACCAGCUCUCCAAAGUGCAGACCACCUCACUUCCUCAGACCUUUCCUUGUAUAAUACGACCGUUUCUCGAAUGUCAGAAGUCGUACGCUCUGAUCUCGAUCAUCUUUCUGAUAUUGGAAUGGGAAGUAACACUACACCUGAAACUUUUGAGAACACUCGAAAAGAUCGUGACUUAUCCCGUAAUCCCCCAAAUAGCUCUGGCAUAAUUUUAACACCAGUGUCCUGUCAGGGAUGUCAAGUAUCUACACCUUUAACAGAAGUUUGUGACUCACUGUCUCUUGGAUCACAAUUGACUAGUUCUUGUGUAACUAGCUCUGAUGAUCUGAACAGAAGCCAUUUUCUGUCUUUAAUAAAAUCAAACUCAGAACAUUUGGAUAAGACCUCAUCGGCGUCAGAUGUAGUUGAUUUCGGGAAAAUUGCGUAUGGUCGCCUUGAUGGACAAUUGUGCGAAUCAGAAUAUCGAAAUAAACUAAACAAAACACAUAAUUUGACUUCUAUUGUUGACCAGUUAACAGAUCCUACUUGCUUGCGUGCCAAUAAUCUCAGUACAGAUUAUCGUUUAAUGAGAGCAGCAUUAGAAUCUGGUGUUACAACUGAUACGCUUCCAGGUAUUAAUCAAAAAAGCGACACGAAGUGUAUUCAAGCUGAGUCGGACAGUUUAGACAUUUCAACUGAAUUCGGAGUACCAAGUAAUUUAUGGAACCACCGGAAUUGUGUAGGAGUUACUUCUGCAGACCAUAGCUUUUCAUUUGCCGGGGACACAAUUACGUCUCUUAUGUCUAACACAGAAAUAGAUCAAGAUAGUGUUUUAAAUGAUGGUCAUUGUAGUAACAUUUUCCCCACUGUUCACAGUAACACUCCUACUACUGCGACUGUUGCAGCUAAGCGCCCGAUCACAGGAGCUCAUCAAACUGCACGUUACCCUGCAGUUAAUAAAGGAGGUAUGUGGUCGAGUAAUUCUAAUGGGCUGUCAAACUCUGCACUUGGAUACAUGGUUUCCAAUGCAUGGAGCAGCAACGGCACCGGUGUUUCAGCAAAGUUGGGUAGUAGUCUUGUCACUGAUUCGAAUCCUCCUACAGUUUGUGAUUUUCCUGGAAAUGAAGGUAAUACGGUUUCGUGGUCUCAAAAUUCGUCAGUUCAUCAAACACUUCACAAACCAAACGUCCAGAACAUUCCAAAUAUGGUCGGACCUGUGGGUUUUGGUAGUGGAAUGGCUAACGGUUCCUUAAAUCGGACAGCUGUGUCCGUGGGUCUUGUAUCAGUAUCUACAACCGGCGUCAGUAUUACCAGUAACAAUAAAGUAAACGAGGCAGGUCUUUCAAAUAUAUAUAGUAUGUUUCCUAAGCGCCCCCAACACCGAAUGAUGGCACAUUGGCAGCAACAGCAACAACACCAUCAAAAUUCACAGCAAGUACCAUUAGGUAAAGGUCUUAUGAACAUUGUCACAAGUAGUAUUCAACUAAAUGGUAAUCGUGGUAGUUUAACUGGAGUUAAUUCCACUCUCUCAGCUCUACCGAAUGGUUGUGAGGAUUCCGGUGUAAAUAAUAGUGCUGGAAGCUUGAAUAACCACUCUAUCAUGCAGUCGCUAAACAGUGUUGGGUCAUCAUCGUCUGCAAAUAGUUCACUAGUUCUGUGUUCUUCUGGAGACUCCUUCACAAAUACCUUGUCAUUCAACAGCCCAACGUCGGAAAGUUCCUUAGAUAGUUUCAAAUACGGGUUAGAUCAACAGCUUAUGGAAGUUAUCAAAUCUUUUGAAAUCAGUAGCAUUGGAGGUUCUAAUUUAGUUCCUUCGAAUGCAAAUACCACAUCUAUGGGAGGGAUCGAUGAUUUAACAUUGUCAUCUAAUUUUGGAGAGGUAGACCAACAAAUACCUGGUUUGAAUUCUGCAAGCCAAAUGCCUGUCUUAGGCUCAUCGUCGAUACACAACUCAACACCUAUGAUAAAUGGUUCAAAUAACCCAAGUUCAGGUUUUAAUAGUCUUUCUAGCUACAACGGGAGUUCAAUGAUGGGUUCAGCUGCAAUAACAAGCCCAUAUUCUAUGUUUGCAAAUAUUUUUACUCGUGAAGAAGGAUUUUCACGCAAAGUAUUCGUUGGAGGUCUCCCACCUGAUAUAGACGAAGAGGAAAUAACUACUGCUUUUCGUCGAUUUGGCCCUUUAAUAGUUGAUUGGCCCCAUAAAACUGAAAGUAAGGCAUAUUUUCCACCAAAAGGCUAUUGUUUUCUGCUAUUCCAAGAUGAACGAUCUGUUCAAAGUCUUAUUAAUGCUUGUAUUGUUGAUGAAGGAAAAUACUAUUGGUGCGUAUCAUCACCUACGAUGAAAGAUAAACCCGUUCAAAUUCGACCAUGGAACUUAGCGGACUCCGAUUUUGUCAUGGAUGGUUCACAACCAUUAGAUCCUCGUAAAACAAUUUUUGUUGGAGGUGUUCCACGUCCACUUAGAGCUAUCGAACUUGCCCUAAUAAUGGAUCGCUUAUAUGGAGGUGUUUGUUAUGCUGGCAUAGAUACAGAUCCAGAAUUGAAAUAUCCUAAAGGUGCUGGUCGUGUCGCUUUCUCAAAUCAACAAAGUUACAUCGCUGCAAUUAGUGCACGAUUUGUGCAAUUACAGCAUAAUGAAAUUGAUAAACGAGUUGAAGUUAAACCAUAUGUCUUGGAUAAUCAAAUGUGUGAUGAAUGUCAAGGUACUCGUUGUGGGGGUAAAUUUGCCCCAUUUUUUUGUGCUAAUGUUACUUGCCUUCAAUAUUAUUGUGAACAGUGUUGGGUACAGAUACACAGUCGUUAUGGUCGUGAAUAUCAUAAACCUCUAGUCAAAGAAGGAGCAGAACGUCCUCGUCCUGCACUUUAUCGAUGGUAGACGCAUACAAGUGUGUUAUUAUUUGCUAGCUUGUUAUAUCUUUCAGUAUGCUUAUUUCAUACAAAUUGGAAAUGUUUCUUCUGAUCUCGACCUCUUACUUUCAUUGUCUUCAACCUGUCAUAUUCUCUUGUUCUUGUUUCAAUCAUUUGGUGCUUUCCUUUUUUUGGUUUUUCUCUUAGAUAUUUUGCCGGUUUAAAUCCUUUUUAUGUCAGCUAUCCAACACCUACAAUUAUAAUCAAUCAAUAAAUUCCACUGACAAAAGUGGAUUCAUUUGAUUAAAGAGUGACCACUGAGUUAAAACAUUUUUGCGCACGGCCUGUCUAAGUUGGUGUUUUUGAAAAUCUUUUCCAUUAAAAUAUCAGUCUGCUUUUUUGUUGCCAUUUCCUAGUCUGUGAUUUCUCAUUUACUGAAUGCUGAUGAUUUGUUCCUCAGUUAAUUAUAUAUAUAAAAGCACUCAUAUAAUAUAUCUUAUAAACGACCUAAGUAAAUGCAGAAGACACACAAAUUGCAUACUUUGGUACUAUUAUUUCUUGUUACUAUUAUUCUCAUCACUAACUACUCAUCCUUUUCAUCAACUAGUUAGCUUGAAAAGUGUGUUUCCUCUUCUUACUAUUAUAUUUUUAUCUCGUUGUUUACUUGUUGGAUUCCUAAGAAGGUGAAAUUGUUUUUUUUUUAAAAACUGUGAUUCAUUCUUAGUUUAGUUUCCUCUUCUGAAUUCUUAUCUCUUUGUGUGUGGAUAAUUUUCUCUCAUGUUAGUUCAUUUCGUGUUUAAUUGAAUUGUGAUCUUGUUUUUCUUUUUUAAGUUUUAUUUGAUAUCUUUAAAUUCUAUUCACUUCUACUUGUCUGUUUUGUUAACUUUAUUGUGUUACUCUUAGUAAUAAUAAUAAUGUAAUAUCCUUUUGUUUUGUUCAUUUCUUUCAUUAAUCUACCUAUCUAAUUUUGUUUUCAUGUUCUAUUUGUGAUCAUUUGAUGAUUGUUUCUGUUGGUUAUCCUUUUAGUUUGAUUUGACGUUUUUUUUAUCUAGUUGAUCAACGCAUGUAUGGUACCUCGAUCUCUCUUUAUGCAUUAUAUGUCAUUAUUAUUUUUACCAUUACUGUCCAAUAAAUGAGUUGGUAUUGAUGAUAGUUAAUUAGACCAUUAUCAGUAUAUAUAUAUAUAUAUAUAUAU